CCCUUCUCUACCCCUCCAUUACUUCCUCCAUCAACAUCACGCGUCAUCGACGUCCAUUAAAUACCUUGGCCUCUCGGACUAUCUUCCAAACCCAAACUUAUCACUGCGACUGAUUUAAUUCACCAUGACGUACAAGCUGCCCUUCAGCCUCGAGCGACCGGACCUGCUCAGCACACAAUCUUAUGUUGGAGGUCAAUAUGUUUCUGCUCAAUCAGGAUCGACGUUUGAUGUCAUUGACCCUGGAACGAACAAGCCCUGGGCCCAAGUAACCAACAACUCAGCGGAAGACGUUCCCUCAGCCGUGGCUGCAGCUCACGAGGCCUUCCAACAUUAUCGUACCGUGUCUCCACGUACGCGGGCACAAUGGCUUUACCGCUGGGACUCGCUAAUACGCGAGCACAAAAAUGACUUGGCCACGAUCAUGGUCUACGAAACUGGCAAGCCAUUUGCUGAGGCGAUCGGGGAGAUGGACUACUCUCUCAGUUUCACUUGGUGGUUCGCUGGAGAAGCUGAACGGAUUCAAGGAACAGCAUUCCAGCCUGCUCUGCCAAACCGCCGGGUGCUUACAAUCAAGCAGCCCGUUGGAGUUGCGGUUGCACUCGUGCCGUGGAACUUCCCCGUAGCGAUGGUUCUCAGAAAGGCUGGCGCGGCACUGGCGGCGGGUUGCACGAUGAUCGUGAAGCCGUCGCCCGAAACGCCAUUGACCGCACUGGCUCUUGCGAAAUUGGCAACUGAGGCCGGUUUCCCGUCCGGAGUGCUCAACAUCCUGCCGACGAGCCUUGAGAAUACGCCGUCCUUGAGUGAGGCUCUUUGUCGCGAUAAGCGUGUCAAAAAGGUCACUUUUACGGGCUCAACGCGUGUUGGCAAACUAAUUGCCAACCACUGCAGUGACGGCUUGAAAAAACUUACCUUGGAACUCGGCGGAAAUUGUCCUGCCGUUGUCUUUGACGAUGCCGAUCUCGAAGGCGCAAUCGGGCAACUCAUUGCACUCAAAUGGCGGCACGCCGGGCAAGCCUGCAUCACCGUAAACCGCUUCAUCGUGCAGUCGGGCAUCUACGACGCCUUCAUCGAGCGCUUCAAAGCCGAAACCGCCAAACUCGUCGUCGGGCACGGCGCGGACAAAGGCACAACGCUCGGCCCUGUGACGACGCCGCGCGGUGUCGAUCGCGCCGAGGCACUGGUCAAAGAUGCAGUGUCCAAGGGCGCGAAGCUCGUGCUCGGCGGGAAGCGCACCAACCCCAACGGCUCCGAGGGCUACUUCUUCGAGCCAACGAUCUUGGUCGACAUGAAUGCGGAGACCCAGGUCUCCUGCGAGGAGUGCUUCUGCCCCAUCGCCGCGUUCUAUCGCUUUGAGACGGAAGAGCAAGCCGUGAAGAUGGCGAACGAUACGCCCAUGGGCUUGGCGAGCUACGCCUUUACGAGGGAUGUGAGCCGCAUCUGGAGACUGUUUGAGAACUUGGAGGCGGGUAUGAUUGGGUUAAACACUGGCAACUCGUCAGCGGCCGAGUCGCCGUUCGGCGGCAUCAAGGAGUCGGGUUACGGUAAGGAGUCGGGCAAGGAUAUCGCUGUGAGCGAGUACAUGGUCACGAAGACGGGGACGUUUACUGUGGAUGGCCUUUGAUUCGAGUGGCUCUUACGCCGAAGGGAUCGACUUCAUGGGUAGGUUUAGGUAUGUUGAAAAUGAGUCUUCCCUCGCUGUCUCAGAGAUCUGAGAUUACGCAGUGGAUGCUCAAUGCCAAAAUAAAACGGUUGUUGAUGGCUCCGGCUGAAUUUCCCACCAUUUGGUUGGCUAUCAACAUUCAAC